AUGUCCAACCCAGCCUUAUCUCUCGCCCACGGACCGAAUGAAUCAGCCCUAUUCGAUCUGACAAUUGGCCAACUAGCCAACCAGCAAGCAUCCAGAUAUGGAGACAAGGAUUGUAUUAUAAUCGGGUGGAAUAACACGCGCCUUAGCUACUGGGAGCUGAGUGAGAGCAGCAAGGUCCUUUCUCGUGGAUUAUUAGCCCUUGGGGUGCAAAGCGGUGACCAUCUCGCUAUCUCGUCUGGUGAUGAUGAACGCUUCGUGCAGCUAUUCUUUGCGGCUGCACGUAUUGGCGCUUGUCUUGUUAUUAUAAAUAAAACAUACACAGUCCCAGAGUGCCUGCGAGCUCUAAAGCACACCGACCCUGUGAUACUUUUCGUAUCCAAUGUCGUGGAUCGCCGGCCGACUGCUCCCAUCAGCAAUUCAAAGCUCAAUAAGCGUCAAGCCCAGGUUGACAAACAUUCUACCGUCAACAUCCAGUUCACCAGUGGCACAACGGGCCCCCAAAAGUGCCAAUGCUUACUCACUUGUAAGUCGGAGGCCACGUAUUCGGUCAAACAGAAGGCAAAUCUCACAGUUUAUAUCUCUAAUAACAUCAGUACCAAUGGCUUCUACAUGGGACACUACCUUCAGCUGGUCCCAGAAGACGUUAUGUGCUGUGGUCCGCCUCGUCGCAGGUCUUCUCGCGGCUUUUACUCACGGCUCCUCGAUCAUUUACUCUGCGCCAGAUUUCGACGCAUCAGCAGUGGUGAGAAUGGUUCUUACAGAACACUGUACUGUCUUGCAUGGUGUCCCAACCAAGCACAGAUCUUCUUGUCAGGUAUCAGAAGCGUAGUAGGAAUGACCGAGACUGCACCAACAAGUUUUAUCGUCAGAGUUGAAGAUAGUCUCGAAAGGAAAUUAGAAACUGUGGGCACGGCUCUACCUCAUGCUUCAGCAAAGAUUUCCCACGCGGAACGAGGGGUGAGGUUUGCGGUGUGGAUGCACACUGGAGAUGAGGGAGUCAUUAAUGAACAUGGCUACCUAACCAUCACGGGGCGUAUUAAAGACAUCAUUAUUAGGGGCGGCGAGAACAUCUAUCCUGUCGAAAUCGAAGAGAGGCUCCUGCAUCACCCAGCUAUUGAUCAGGCCAGCAUUGUUGGGCUACAGGACCCCCGCUACGGCGAGUCCGUCAAUGCAUUUCUCGAACUAUGUCCGAACCAAACAAAACCUACACUUGAACAACUCAAAUUCUGGGUACGCGAGACACUGGGUCGUCACAAAGCCCCCGUUAGAGUCUUCUGGGUCGGCAAUGGUGAGAGCAUAACCCAGUAUCUGGUCACGCGAAGUGGGAAGAUUCGGAAGGAGAUCCUGAGGGAGGCUGGAAAUAAGAUGAUUUCUACGAGCGCAGCGCCAGUAUCCAAGCUAUAG